CAUGCGCUGGGGCGGUCAACGUCGCCGCUUGUUCCUGUAGCCCAAGCCCGCACCUAGACCGCCCAAUUGAAGGACUGGAUCCUUCGAGAAGGUGAAAAGGCCGGAAGACAACGAGCAACAGUCUACUUCUAGAAGCAUCAUGAGUGUACACUUUCUGACAGUCAAUUUCCUGUUUUCUUUGUACGCCUGGCUGCUUUGCGUUGGACCACACCCAAGCUACCCGUUACAAGAGCAUAUAACCCGACCGAUUCUUCCCCUCAGUUGCCCAUCGAGCAAGCGCAGAACUCAGGAUGACGACCGAAAGCAACGAGCGGCCCACGGUGAUUGGGAUCUACGGCAUCUCAGGCUCUGGAAAGACGUACAUGCUCGAGUACCUCAAGAAGGAGCUCGGCCAAGCCGCCUUUGCCUAUUACGACGGCUCUUCCGUGCUCGCAGAACUCCUUCCUAGAGGUCUUGACGACUUCAAGCAACUCUCUGCCGACAAGCAAAGCCAAUACCGCGAACGUGCUAUCAAGCUCAUCGGAGAGGAGUGCGCAAACAAUGGAAAGGUCGGAGUCGUCGCCGGCCACUUCAUGUUCUGGGAGACGGAGGACGACGGCAAAGGACAGACGAUCGGCACCGAGGCGGAUUGGGCGACGUAUACGCAUAUCUUGUACCUGCGAGUCGACGCGGAGGUCAUUGCGAAGAGGCGGAAAGAUGACGCGAGGAAGAGGCGCACGGACACAUCUAUCGCUCAUCUAGCAAAGUGGCAAGACGAAGACGCAAGCCAGUUAAGGGACAUUUGCCGCCAAAAGAGGAUCCUGUUCUCGGUCGUUUCCGAGCGCCCGGGUAGCCAGGCGAUGCUCGGCAAAGUCACUGCCAUGGUGCGCGACUUCCAACACCAUAACGAGGUGCGAAACACGGUUGCAGCGCAGGCAAUCAUCGACUACCUUAUUGCAGACCAUCCAAAGAUGGAAUCCGUGCUUGUGCUAGAUGCUGACAGGACCCUCGCUCCCCAGGACACCGGAGCCCUAUUCUGGAAGGCUGUCCGAGCGAAGAAAGGAAGAGAGGGAGGUAACCCGUUGAAGACACUGUUUACGGGCGCGGGGUACUCGUAUUUUUCGUUCCGUCAGGCGACGUUGCUCUACGAAGAGGAAGCGGACCACUUCGAAAGCAUCUGCGUGGAGGUCGCUUCGCAAGUUCAAAUGUAUCCGGAGUUCGUAGAGCUCUUGAAGGAGGCCAAGAAGAGGGAUCAUGUGGGCGUCAUCGUCUUGACGUGUGGUUUGAGAUCCGUGUGGGAAAUGGUACUGAAGAGGGAGGUGAUGCCUAAUGUGCGUAUGGUGGCAGGAGAACGCUUGUCCGACGGCUUUGUCGUUACGGGCACGCUCAAAGGCACCUUGGUCGACAAACUUCUAGCUCGACGUCUUCGCGUAUUCGCGUUCGGCGAUAGCCCGCUGGAUAUGGAGAUGCUCAAGAAGGCGGACCACGCUUUCAUAGUCGUCGGGAAGGAAGCUGAGAGAAGUAAAUCCAUGGAGGACAGUCUCGGACAAGCCGUUGAAGAUGGCCUCUAUGCUGAGCAAAUCAUACUCCCUCAGAGUGAGACGCCGCGCUUGGACCUGACACGUCUCCCAAAGUUCGAGCUAGGAAAGAUGGAAGUCAAUUGGAUUCUUCGACACCACGAACCCUACCUUCACGCCACGGACAGAAACGCAGCCAAACUCCUCAUGUCACCUAUGCGGGAUGCGAGAAGUGGUGGACACGAUCUCAGGAAAGCUCAUGAGCGUGUGGGAUUCUACCUAGCGACAGAACUCCUGGCGUACGUGCUGGGUGUCGAGCAGCAACCCAUUCCGCACGUUCAAGGGAAGAUCGCAGAUGGAUACCGACUGCGAGCAGAAAGCCAAACACUGAUAGUUCCACUCAUGCGCGGCGGUGAGCCCAUGGCAUUCGGGGUGAGCGCAGCAAUGAAGACCGCGAGUUUCGUCCACGCCAAGGAGCCGGAAGAUCUCGAAGCCGAACACAUGAUCGGCAAACGUAAUAUUAUUCUCGUUGAUUCCGUCGUCAACAGCGGGAAAUCCGUCGUCGAGUUCGUUCGGCACGUCCGCAAGACACACCCUCAUAUCCAAAUCAUUGUCGUCGCCGGCGUCGUCCAAGCGGGGGCUGUACUCUCUGAAGCGAGCUUCGGAUCUCUACUAAAGAAGGACAAAAAGCUGAGUCUGAUCGCACUGCGUCUUUCUGAGAACAAGUACACUGGUAGAGGAAACACCGAUACGGGCCAUCGCCUAUUCAACACAACGCAUCUAGAUUAGGCGGAUGAGAAAGAGGCGACCUCGAGGGCGGGUGACUCAGGGGCGGAAGUGGCCUACAAUAGAUUGCAAACAGAAUGUUAGGACGCUCUGACAGUUUAUACAACCUUUGUAAAAGAGACUCCGUAU